CGGCGGGGCGGUGCGAAGAUGGCGGCGGCGGUGGGGGGCGCGCUGCUGCUGGUGGUUGGCGGCGAAUGCGGCGGCGUGGGGCCGCUGGGGCUCGUGCUGGAGGAGCUCGAGCGAGGCAUCCGCGCCUGGGACGUGGAUCUUGGCGUCUGCAGCCUUGACCAGGAGCUCAAGACCUUCGUGUCCCAGCACUCGGCCACCUUCUCCAGCAUCGUCAGAGGGCAGCGGAGCCUGCAUCACCGCGGAGAUGCCCUGGAGACCCUGGUCCUUCUGAACCCAUCGGACAAGUCCCUGUGUGAUGAGCUCCGGAACCUUCUGCUGGUCCCUGCCCCUCACAAGCUGCUGGUGCUGGCUGGGCCCUGCCUGGAGGAGACUGGGGAGCUGCUGCUCCAGACAGGGGGCUUCUCGUCCCACCACUUCCUGCAGAUCCUGGAGGAGAGGGAGAUCCGGGACCUGCUGGGCCGCACCCCUGCCUCGGCUGAGCCGCCCACGCUCACGCUCGGCUGCCCGCCUUUCGGGGCCUGGGCGCAGCUGUGCGCCGCCGAAGCGGGCCUGCUUGGGCAUCGGCUGCGGCUCAACCCUGCGGCGCGGCUGCCGGCCUCCGCUGGCCUGCGGGAGCUCCUGGAGUACCUGGCCGGGUCCCUCGAGCCUCCGUCCCCCUUCGAGCUGUUGGAGCCGCCGACCUCUGGGGACUUCCUCAAGCUCGACCCGCCCUGCUGCUACAUCUUCCCCGGCGGCCUCGGGGACACUGCUUUCUUCGCCGUCAGUGACUUCACUGUGCUGGUGAACGGAGGCUCGAACCCCAAGGCCGCCUUCUGGAAGCUGCUGCGCCACGUGGACCGCGUGGAUGCCGUGCUGGUGACGCACGCGGGGGCCGACAGUCUCCCGGGCGUGAACAGCCUGCUGCGGCGCAAGGUGGCCGAGCGGCGGGAGGCGGCAGCCGGGGCCUCGCGGGAGGGCGGGCCGGGGCGCCUGGCAUCGCCCGGCCUGGGCGUGGUGUUCCUCCACGCCCGCGAGCCCGCGCCACGCCUGCUGGGGGGCGAAGACGAGGCCGAGGUGGCGCGCGGGCUCCUGGCGCAGCUGGGCAUCGCGCCGCUGCCCCUGCGCCGCAGCCUGCCCGCCGCGCCCACCGUGCUGCUAGAGAAGCUGGGCGUUGGCCGCCUGGACCUGCACGUGCUGCACCCACCGGCCUCCGACGCCGGCGCCGCCUCGGCCUGCGCGCUGCUCGUGUGGCUGCCCGCCGACCCGGCCGAGAAGGUGGUGCGCGCGCUCUUCCCGGGGCGCACGCCGCCCGCGCGCCUGCUCGACGGCCUGGGCCGCCUGCAGCACCUGGGCUUCCUGCGGGAGCCGGUGGUGACGCCGCAGGACCUGCAGGCACCGCGGCGCGCGGGCAGCAGGGACAGCGUGGGCUCGCGGGACAGCGCCAAGGCCAGGCCGGUCCCCGAGCGGCUCGUGGCGGCACGGAAGGAGGCCCCGCGCAGGGCGCCGGAAAGGGAAGCGAGGCCGCCCCGGGAGCCAAAGAAGGACCCCAAGAACAGCUUGCCCCGGACCCAGCCUCGGGAAGUGCGCCGGGCCACGCUCGCCGCCCCGAACAUCAAGAAGGCAGGCGCCCCCCGCGCAGUCCCGACCCCCUCGCCGGCGGCCCGGAAUGGCCUGGAGCCAGGGCCAAGCUUGGGGGCCCCCGGCGCAGCCCGCCCCUGCCCGUCCUCUCCCUCGGAGCUGGAGCGGCCCCUGUCGCUGAGCCCGCCCCGGGACGCCUCUCCCACCACUCCUUCGCUGCCCGCCGAGGUGGGCUCCCCGCACUCCACGGAGCUGGAUGAGUCUCUGUCUGCGUCCCUGGAGCAGGGCCCGCCCUCGGGCGAGGCCAGGCUGAGCCUCCCCCUGCGCGCGCCCGGCGCUCCACGCUCGGCCUCCCCACACGACGUGGACCUGUGCCUUGUGUCGCCCUGCGAGUUUGAGCACCGCAAGGCCACCCCCGCCAUUCCCGCGUCCCCGGGCAGCUCCCAGGACAGCAGCGCCGGGUCCCAGGAGCGGGCGGCACCCGAGGAGACGCCCCCCGCGUCGGUCAGCGAGUCCCUGGCCACCUUGUCUGACUCAGAGCCCCUGCCCGCCGCCCCCGGGGCCGGGGACUCUGACGAGGACACGGAGGCCUUGGGCGCUCCUCGGGACCCGCUGCCGGAGCCCCUCAAAGACCGGCCGCCGCUGCUCGGCCCACCCGGCCUCUGCAUGGUGGACCCCGAGGUGUUGCCGCCUGCGUCUGCCAGGACUGCCGACUGCUCCAGCCGCGCCCGGAAGCCCCUGGCCCGUUCCACUUCCGGCUCGGUCAACCCCAGAGCCACGCCUGCAGCUGCGGUCAAAACCAAGGGGCUGGCUGGGGGGGACCGGGCUGGCCGGCUGCUCAGUGCCCGCAGCGAGCCCAGUGACAAGGCGGCCCGGGCGUCCCUGGCCAGGAAGCCCACCGUCCCCAAGGCCGCCGAGGCAGGAGGGUCGCAAGUUCUGGCUGGUGACCUUCCCGUCCUGCCCACAGGCCCAGCCAGCAGCCGGCCAGCCGCGGCCAACAGCCCACCGGGCCCCCCGGUCUAUCUGGACCUGGCCUACCUGCCUGGCGGCAGUGUGGGGUCUCUGGACGCCGAGUUCUUCCUGCGCGUGCGCGCGCUCUGCUACGUCAUCAGCGGCCAGGACCAGCACCGCGAGCAGGGGCUGCGGGCCGUGCUGGACGCGCUGCUGGACGCCAAGCGGCAGUGGGACCGAGAUCUGCAGGUGACCCUGGUGCCCACCUUCGACUCGGUGGCCAUGCGUAAGUGGUUCGAGGAGACGCGCGCGCAGCACCAGACCCUGGGCAUCCGCGUGCUGGGCAGCAGCAGCAUGGUGUUCACGGAGGACGACGCCUUCCCGGCCUGCAAGCUGGUCUUCUAGUCCCCGCCUGCCCGCCCGGAAAUAAACUGCCUGCCCUGCUCGCUACGGCCUAUGUUCCGCCGCCUGCGGGGGCCCUGGGGGCCUCAGCGAGCCCCAGUUCAGCCGGCCUGGCCCCACCCCAGUGGCGGGACAGAAAGCUCAUGACUCACAUGUCCGGGGAAGUCCCUCCAGCGCAUUAUUUGUUCCUAUUUUGUGUUUUUUUGCAAUACUGGCAGUAGGGCCCAGGAACUGUUUUAUUUUUUAAGAUGACAGAGGCACUGUUUUUGUUCAACCCUUAUUUUAUUUCGAGACAGUCUUACUGAGUUGCCCAGGCUGGCCUCAGACUGAAUUCUCCUGCCUCAGCCUCCUGAGUAGCUGGGCUUGUGGGUGUGCGCCACCACAACCAGCAACACAAGUAUUUUCAUGUUAGAUAACUCGUCACGCAUCCUGGGCUGACUGGCUACCCCCAAAAGGCCACCCACCCAAAUCCUGA